AUGCCCGAGGCCGGUGGUAUAGUUGUGGUGGAGUCGUCGCUUCUUCCUGUAUCUGUCGUGAUUGACACAGUCCAAUCCUCGAUCCGUGGGACUGGUGAAGUGAGCAUCAUGGCCCCAGAAAGGACACCUACAGAGACUUCCCCGCUGCUGGGCCCGCAAGUUAACGGUAAUGCUGUCCGUCCCUCAAACGGUGUCAUUUCUGGUCUGCGCGACCCCGACACGGUAGGGCAGAAUGGUGGUUCACAGGAAGCGUCGGGCAAAGACGUGACAGAAUCAAGCCCACGACUGAGCUAUAUAUUUCCUGCGAUUUCAAUUGGCGUCUUCCUAUCUGCAGCCGACCAGACUAUUAUCAUGGCCAGUUAUGGGCAGAUUGGUAGCGAUCUUCAUGCACUCAAUCUGACAAGUUGGAUUGCCACUUCAUACUUUCUAACCUUAACGUCGUUCCAGCCGCUCUAUGGAAAACUGAGUGAUAUCUUUGGUCGCAAGGCAUGUCUGCUGUGGGCGUAUGCUAUCUUUGGCACUGGCUGCUUGUUUUGCGGUCUAGCGCAGAAUAUCCACCAAUUGAUUGCUGCUCGUGUUUUCCAGGGUAUUGGGGGAGGCGGUAUGACCACCGUUGUCAGCAUUCUACUAAGUGAUAUUGUUCCGCUGCGAGAUCGAGGUGUCUGGCAAGGUAUAAUCAAUAUUAUAUAUGCUACUGGAUCGGGAAUUGGAGCACCCUUAGGUGGUAUAUUGGCAGACUACAUUGGCUGGCGUUGGGCUUUCAUUGCUCAAGCUCCCAUGUGUGUUCUUGCUUUCACAGCGGUUUCUAUCAUACUGAAAUUGCCACCGCAGGAAAAUAGUCACUGGAAGGACAAGCUCCGUCGUAUUGAUUUUCCAGGAGCGAUUAUUCUCGUUGGGGCGGUCCUUGGCUUUCUUCUAGGUCUUGACCGCGGUAGCAAUGUGUCCUGGACCAUACCGAUAACCAUUAUCUCGCUGAGUGUAUCGGCUAUCUUAUUCGUGCUCUUCAUUGUGGUUGAGGUCUUCUACGCAGCGGAACCAUUUGCCCCCGGUCAUAUUAUCUUCGACCGAACAUUCUUUUCUAGUUAUGGCUGUAACUUUUUCAGCUUCGGGGGCUGGCUGGCAGCCCUGUUCUACAUUCCACUCUAUUUCCAAGCUGUAGACGGUGUGUCUGCUACUGUCGCUGGGCUGCGUCUUCUACCCAGUAUUCUUGCCGGCGUUACUGGGUCGCUUUUUGCCGGAUUCGUCAUGAAAUGGACCGGGAAAUUUUACUGGCUGACGGUAGCGGCAUAUUCAUUACUCACACUAGGAGUCACAGUGAUCUUCCUUUUCUCUGGAGGUGCCACGGAAAGUCUUGUACCGAUGAUCAUGGGAAUGGUACUUUCGGGUUUUGGAAAUGGAAUCGGUGUCACAUCAACGUUGAUCUGCCUCAUCUCAAAUUCGACGCCCGAAGACCAGGCAGUAGUGACAGCGUGCUCUUACCUCUUCCGAUCCCUAGGCUCAGUGAUCGGCCUAUCUUUAUCUUCAACAGUGGUCCAGCAGAUUCUUCGGGGCCGGCUGAGGUCUGCAUUGCGUGACAGUAAGGAUAUUGACCGCAUCGUUGAUGGCGUGCGCCAGAGUCUCGACUUUAUUAAGACCCUUGAUCCGAGUGUUGCGAAAGCGGUUCGGGGCUGUUAUGGAUGGGCUAUGAAUAAAGGCUUUGCAUUCAUGAUUGCUGUGGUAUUCUUUGCCCUUGUCAGCAGCUUCUUUAUGCGUGAAAAGAAGCUGAUUCGUUCAAUAGCCCAUAGCCCUUUCGCCGUUACAAACACCGCUAUGCCGGCAUCUCAACCAAGGCCGGCCUUGUCACGGUAUCGUCCUAUUGUCUACCUACUCACUGGUGUCGCAGCAGCCUACGCUCUUGUCUACAUCAACAAUCUUAUCAUCUCUUCCUCAUCCCAACCAUCUCUACGUCGCCGAAGAACUAUACGCCGCCCGCGAGGCCUAAGGAGACGAUCGGAGGUUGUGCCCGUCGAAACUCCUUCUUCUCGAGCCAUCGCACACCUUGAGCAAUUAGAGCGCCAGAAUGGAGUAUAUGGUACAUUUCGCAUAGAAACAGAAGAUGGCCGACGUGUGGAAAGUGGGCUGCUCCCGUCGUUGCUCGCAACCCGGGAUCAGCUCAUGGAGGAAGUCGGCGUUCCCCAGGCUCAUGCGGAGCGGAUGCGCGAGAUGAUGGAAGACACGUUUCUGGAAUCAUUUCUCGCUCUGGACUUCCCGCCAGCGCAUACUGUGGAAGAGGGCAGCCCGGAAAGGAACUAUUUGACGGAGCAGCUUCAGCGGCGUGGGAUAUCGCGUGCGGGGAUCGAGAGGGCCUUGGCUCGGUUCAACGAAGACAGCAACUACGGAGAAGAAUUGCGUCGCCGCCGACAGAACGGGGAGAGGGUUACCUUGUCUACUUCUACCUUCCCCGAUGAAUCUACGCCCGCGCAAAAUAUGGAUGGUGGGGAGACAGUCGUGGAUGAUCAGAGCGUCUUUUCCUGGCGCGAAGGGCACAACGACGCCUCUCCGUCGAGGGAAGGCCAGAACUUGCUCAACCUACUUUAUCAUAUCGCCGAGGACCAAGCACGGAGAGAUGGUUAUAUCCACAGAGGAGUAACGUGUAACAGUUGUGGCGCUAUGCCGAUCCAAGGCAUUCGGUACCGAUGCGCAAACUGCAUCGAUUACGAUCUCUGUGAGACGUGUGAGGCGAUGCAGGUUCACAUCAAGACCCAUUUGUUUUACAAAGUACGGAUCCCGGCUCCUUUCCUGGGGAAUCCCCGACAGUCCCAGCCUGUUUGGUAUCCUGGAAAGCCUGCCAUGCUUCCCCGCAGUCUACAUCGAUCCCUGGCCAAGCGUCUGAUGAAGGAUACCAACUUCGAGAACACGGAGCUGGACGCUCUUUGGGAUCAAUUUCGUUGCCUGGCAAACCACGAAUGGGCAGACGACCCAAACAAGCUCUAUAUGGCGAUUGACCGCAAGACAUUCGAUCGAUGCUUCGUGCCCAACACAUCUGUCCGUCCACCCCCUCCAAGCCUUAUCUACGAUCGAAUGUUUGCUUUCUAUGAUACGAAUGGUGAUGGCUUGAUUGGCUUUGAAGAAUUUUUGAAAGGCCUUGCAAGCCUUAACAAUAAGAGCAACGACGAGAGGUUGCGCCGUGUCUUCCGUGGUUAUGAUAUUGAUGGCGACGGUUACGUGGAUCGGAAGGACUUCUUACGGGUGUUCCGGGCAUAUUACGCUCUUAGCAGAGAAUUAACACGAGACAUGGUGGCAGGCAUGGAAGACGACUUCUUAGAGGGCGGUGCACGAGAUGUUGUUCUGGGGAGCCAGCCAAUCAGUUCUGCAUUUCCCGGCACCAUACCUGCAGGAGAGGUGUCUAGGACCGGAGAAGGCAAGCGCGUCAACCAUGAAGGAGAUAUGGAAAUCGUGGACAACGAAGGUAUCUUGCGCCCUGACGGGACCGAUUCUGGUGACCGGCAUGCCGUCGUCGGUGAUGCUGCUGUUAGGAGCCGAUACGGCAGUAUCCGACCAUUAUUUCCAUCCGUUCGGCUACCCGAUCAAGGUAGACCUGGAGGCGAGAACAUAGAUGAUGCCAGCAGCUCUGAUGGCUCUAGUUCGUCGGUUGCUACUGACCGCUGGCCUCCGGCCGAACAUAUCCGCGAUGAGGAUAUUGUGACGGCUCUUGGGGCCUAUGUCCCCCUAUCAGAGGUAACUGACCCAGUUGACAGGGCUCGGAUCGGCACUGCUGUGUACCACAGAAUGUUUGAUGAUGAUGAUAGGCGGGUGGAUGCCGCUCGUAGAUAUGGGAUUGAUGAGCGGUGGCGGCGAAGGGCAUUCUACACCGACGAGGAAGAUGGCGCCGCUGCGCCUGAAGGCUACGAGACCGAUUCAGACGCGGAUGAUGUAUCGGUUGAUGAUGGCCUCCAUAGCCAACAUUCUGAACUUGAGUCACAUCCGCCAUCUCCUCGUUCCCGUUCUUCAUCCAAGGUGCGGUUCCAGGACGACGUCACUGAUGACUAUGAUGUGAGGUCAAAUCCAUCGACAUCCUCACGCAGUAUACUUGUUGGUGAGCGGUGGGGAGGCUUCGAAAUCCCUGAAGUAGAAAGGGACGUUGGGAAGGAAAUUCUAUAUCAAGUCACGCAACAAGGAUUCAACGAACUGCUUGAUCUAUUGUUCAAACCCAAGGAAGACCUGCUCAUGGAAGUUUAUCGGACGCGCACUGAGCGCAAGAUCUGGGCCCGAGAGAUUGAGCUAGUAGAGCAAAUAGAUGCCGGAAAGCAUUUCGCCCGACUGAAUGGGCGGAGCGAGGACGACGAGGCCAAAGAGGAACCGGAGCCUUCCUUGCAUAAUCCCUUUGGCGACAGGUCCCUCGAAGAACUGCUUGAACGGGCGGGAUAUACUAUCGGAAGCCCGCCUUUAGAGCCCACCCGAGACGGACCCAUACUUGCUCCUCCGUCGCCUACAUUGCGGCUCCCGGACGACGAUGUACGACCAACUCACCUCGCUGAUCCUGAAGAGGACUUAACCGAGCCUGCUUUGGCUGAGACCCAGCAGGAAGAGCCGGAUUGUGCGCCAGAUGCCCCAUCACCAGAAUCCCCAAUAUCAGAACGGAGUCGGUCACCAUCUAUUGAAUCCGAUUUUGACCCUACACUGCCACAUCACCGCCCAGAUGAAGAUACCCAGGAGCUACCCGGUACCUCGGAGUCACACUUUAACGCUUACAACGCUUCCCCAACACACUCUACCUUCCCGCAAACCCUUCCUGCCGAACUUCGCCUCCAACCUAACGGUACAACCUCAUUCCCAGCACCACCGUCAAUCGCCGCCUCCUCACCCGAAGCAGAAGCAACGGCUCCCAAACUCUCCCCCUCACCAAUCCAACCUCUACCCCCUGCUUCCACUUCCACACUCCCACCUCGAGAUGGCCCCACCAUGCCCCCAUCUCCACUGAUUCUUUCACGCUGGGCCUACCUCAAUCGUAUCGAACGUGAAGCAAAAGAACGAGGAGGCACAGGCGCCAAGCUUAAUUUCGAGGAAUUCUCGCAUCGUAUGGCAGCAGAUCGUGGGCGGAGAUUAGCAUUUGUAGCUAGCUGGAUCGAGAUGGCUAGCUUCUAG